AUGAGAGCUACACUGCGCUGGCAAGCUCUCAGGUCCUUACAGCCCCGCAUCGCUUCCCCACUCGCAAUCAGAACCUUCCGUCAUCAUCACUCCAGCACAUCCCGCCAAGCCAACAUGAACCACAUCCACCAGUACGGCGUGUUCAGCGCCUUGAUGCACGGCUUUUCCUCCGACGGCGCCAAGGUAUCAGAGAUCCUCUCCGCCUGCGACCACGGUCUCGGCACUGUCUGCGGGCUCAAUGGCGAAAUCAUCAUCCUCGACGGCGAGGCCUACCACUUCACGCCAGACGACAAGCUGCACAGGCUCCAAGCCGACGACCGCAUGCCCAUGAUUGUCGCAACAGAAUUCAAGCCUACAUUGUCCAAAGAGCUCUCCACGCUGAACAUGGGCUCGUUACCCCAAGCCAUGCAUCCGUUCUUCCCGACGAAGCAGAACAACUUCAUGGCCGUCCGCAUCGACGGGUUCUUCCGCAAUAUCACGUACCGUAUCGGUGGGCCACAGCUCCGUCCAAAAGAACCGCUGCUGGAGCUCGCUAAGCGGCAGGUGACCAAGUCGUAUGAGAAUACCACGGGUACGCUGUUUGGCUUUUACUCGCCGCCGUAUAUGAACGGCGUGGCGGUUGCGGGCUUCCACUUGCACUUCCUGUCGGAUGAUCGCACGGCGGGUGGGCACGUGUUGAGUUUCGAGGGCGAGAAUGUUUCGCUAAAGGCUGCUGUCAAUACGCAGCUUCAUCUUGAGUUUCCAGACUCGGAGGAAUUUAAUGAAGAGCCUAUCUUGCCGGAGAGCGCAGGUGAUUUGCAUCUGGCUGAGUGA